AUGUCAACGACCACAGGAUCCUCUGACUUCGCCUCCGUCUCCACAUCGACAGCACCCUACACAACACCCAGCACAACAACCUACACCCCUUCCACCUCAACCACGACCACGACCACAACCAAUAACUCCUUCCCCUUCCCAACCUACACCACCUUCCCACCCUUCUACACCCUCCAACCCAACCUCCAAACCCGCGCCCGCCAACUCGAACUCUGGUCCACGCUCAUAACAACCUACAGCGCCCACCACCACCUCUUCCGCCUCACACUCUCGACUCUCCCCGCCGACCUCUUCAGCAACCCCGCCAUCCACCGCAGUCUCAAACCCUCCGAUAUCCGUCUCGUCUUAGACCACUUAUCAAAACACGAAUCGGGUCCACGGGUAGAGUGGUUAGCACCGAGUAGUAAAGGCGAAACGAGCUCGACCUGUCUAGUCUACUGGAAAUCACUCUCGGAAUGGGCGGAUCUGAUCUAUGGAUGGGUAGAUGAGACGGGGCAGAAGGGCGCGGUGUUGACGAUUUACGAGUUGAGGGAGGGUGAGGGCGUGGGCGGGAGGGAGUGGGUGGGGAUGGAUGAGGUGUUUUUGCGGAAAGUGCUGGGGGUGUUGGUCAAGAGGGGCAAGGCGCAGGUUUUUGGGCUGGAGGAGAGUGCUGGGGUGAAGUUCUUCUGA